AUGUCUAUACUAGAGCAAAAGAGAUCAGCCCAAGAAGACAUUGAAAACUUAGAAAAAGCUAUAGUAAAAGCUCUAUUUUUAAAAUCACAAAGCCCAAAAUACGCUGUCUUAGCAGAUUUCAUGAUAAAAGAAUUCCUCGAAGAAAUUCAAUCAAAAAGCGCAAAAGCACUAAAAAUUUACCAAGACGAAGACGGAUUCAGAAAAAACGAAAUCCAAUUCUUAGAAGGCUGCAGAGAAGCUGAAGACGCAACAGGAAAUAAAUCAUUAGAUGUAUGGACUAACUUUUACGAAAAGCUCAAUGAAAUCAGAGAUUACCAUGACCGAUUUACACCCUAUGGAACCCCUGCUGAAAAUCAUGAUGAUAACUGAUAUUUUCUUCAUGCGCUGGAUGACCGAUCAAAAAUUCCAAAGUUUUCAGGCCCAGAAGGGAACGGCCGAUUUGUGGAUUUACAUAACUUAUAUAUAGAUUUUAUUAAUCUCAAGAAGCUCAAUAAGAAUAAUCCAAGACUACGAAUUACACUGGACUAUCUUACAUAUUUGUCCACAUUUGACCAAUUUCAUACUAUUCCAAUAUCUUGUAAAGAUAAUCAGUAUAAAAAGUAUCUGGAAAACUUAUUGGAUUAUCUAAAAUACUUUUUUAACAGAACACAACCACUUCUUAACAUUUCUCAGCUUGAAGACCAACAUCGAAGAGACUUUCAAGCUCGAUGGGAAAGCAGAUCUAUCAAAGGGUGGGAAAAGCUGCCUAAGAAGCAUGAAUUAAAGACAGACCCCCUUUUCUGCCUUCCCUGCAACAAGCUGUUUACCAACAAAAACGUUUACAAAGCUCACAAAACAGGAGCAAAGCAUAGAAAAGCUGCAGAAAACAUCGCAGAGCUUAUAGAUCGUACAGAUGAAAGUGAAGAAAUAAAGCACUACCAAGAAGUCGCUUCUUUAGAAUGCUUCAUUUCAAGACUUCGAGAAACUCUAGGCGAUACAGUGGAAGAUACCAUGAAUAACAUUAGGAAAAAACAAACAAGGACAGCUGAAGAACUUGCAGCCCAAAUCUAUGAAUCUGAUGAAGAAGAGGAGCCUUUUUCUCUCCCUGUUGAAGAAUUGAAAAAAAAAUCGGAAAACAAAGAAAAAGAAGAAAGCAGUUCAUCAGAAGACGAGCGGCCUGCUUAUAACCCUCUUAAUCUGCCAAUAGGAUAUGAUGGAAAGCCAAUACCUUACUGGCUUUAUAAGCUGCAAGGAUUAAAUGUGGAAUAUAAAUGCGAAAUAUGUGGAAAUUACUCGUAUUGGGGCAGAAGAGCCUUUGAAAGACAUUUUCAGGAGUGGAGACAUGCAUAUGGAAUGAGAUGUCUGAGGAUCCCUAAUACUAUGCACUUUAGAGAGGUUACAAAGAUUGAUGAAGCUAUCACUUUGCACAAAAAAUUAAUCGAGGACCAUAAGCUGGAUUUGUUUAGGGCAGAUGAAGAGGAGGAAUUUGAAGAUUCUCAAGGGAAUGUGAUGAGCAAGAAAAAGUUUACUGAUCUUAAAAGACAAGGAUUGGCCUAA